UAUCCGCCAUGUUGCCGCGAUUAUUUGAAUUAAGCGCACGUCAGCUGUGUCAGGAUAUUAAUAAAUUAUAAAAUUAGUACUAUAUUAUUAGUUUCUUACUCUUAAUAACUUAAAUUUUUAUAGUAACGCGAACUUCCAUAAAAUCAACAGUUUUGAAUGCUAUCUCGUCGGUAUUGGAAGCAAUUUUCGUGGAUAACCCUCGACAUGUUACUCCAAAAUUACCGUAGUGCAAAUGUUUAAAUGGCAUUGGAAUCUGCACAGCCAUACGAAAUUUGUCUCGAAGUCGAGCACAUCUUGAUCUCUUCCACCAUGUAGCGAUCUGAACAUAGUUGAUUGAGUUCAUUAGUGACCUAAUUUUCUUAUCAAGAUGGAUCUUUGGUUGGGUUAGGAAUCGUCACUUAUACUCGUCCAACAAUCGCCAUUUUAGUGAUUUAAGUGCUAAAUCGUUCCAGCAACGUGAAUGUGUGACUCAGGAUUAUUUCCAAUCAUGCAAUCAUUGAACAUGCUACGAGACAAUAAAGGAGUACUGAAGCAAUUUUGCAAUUGCAAGAUCUUGCGUGACAGCAGGAUUCAGACAGAGGAUCUAUGGGUGCGAGAUGGAAAAAUAGUGAAUCCGGAGAAGAUUUUCUACGAUGAAAAAAUCAAGCCAGAUGUUAGAAUAGACUGUGGCGGCGCUUUGAUCUCACCAGGAUAUAUAGAUGUGCAGAUUAAUGGAGGAUUUGGUAUAGAUUUUUCAUGUAAUAUUGAUAACGUGGAAGGAGGCAUUGCUAAAGUAGCAAAAGGAUUGUUGGAACAUGGAGUAACAUCCUUUUGUCCUACGUUGGUUACAUCUCCCACUGAGAUAUAUCACAAAAUCUUACCAAGAAUAAAAAAACGAAAUGGAGAUAGUCAUGGUGCUGGUGUGCUGGGUGUUCACAUAGAAGGACCAUUUAUUAGUCCAGACAAGAAAGGUGCCCAUCCAGAACAUUAUAUCAGAAAAUUUGAACAGGGAUUUAAAUCAGUAACUGAUAUGUAUGGUGAUCUAGACAAUGUGUGCAUGUUUACAUUGGCACCUGAAAUAUCGAAUGCUACAUCUGUUAUCGAAGAGUUAUAUAGAAGAAAUAUUAAGGUAUCUCUUGGACAUUCUAUAGCAAAUUUAAAUGAAGGAGAAAAAGCAGUUAAACAUGGAGCAUCAUUUAUCACUCAUUUAUUCAAUGCCAUGUUGCCUUUUCAUCAUAGAGAUCCAGGAUUGGUUGGUCUGUUAACAUCCGACCAAAUCCCGCCUGAAAGAAUCAUUCAUUUUGGUAUAAUCGCCGAUGGGAUUCAUACUCAUCCUGCGGCAUUGCGGAUCGCUCAUAGAACGCAUCCCGAAGGUCUGGUGCUUGUAACUGAUGCGAUAUCAGCAUUAGGUCUAGAAGAGGGAAUCCAUCAAUUAGGACAGUUUAAAAUAGAGAUACGUAAAGGAUGCGCAUAUAUCGCUGAAACAAAUACUCUCUGUGGUAGCAUAACCGAGCUUUCCAAAUGUGUGAGACACUUUAAAGAAGCUACAGGUUGCACAGUAGUUGAGGCCUUAGAAGCGGCGACUUUACAUCCCGCGAGAACUCUCGGUAUCGAUUCUUACAAAGGUGUUUUGAAUUUUGGGGCCGACGCUGAUUUCAUAUUACUUGAUAAGAAACUCGAAGUGUUGUCAACAUGGAUUUCAGGAGAUUGUGUUUAUGAGAAGAAUAUUAACAGUUUUUUUUUACGUGGAACAAUUUGAUGCUCGAAUGUAAGUAGGUAUCUUAUCGGAUAUAAAUCCGAAUCAAUUACUGUAUAAAGCAAAUGUAUAUAUUUAAUGGCUGGACGCUGUAAAAAUGAUAGUGAAAGAUUCAUAAGAGAGACUGUUAUAAUAAAAAGACUUAAGGCUCCUGAAUAGACACCAUAGCCUCAUAUAUUGAAUCGUGAUGUCAGAAGCGAGAAGUAACACAUUAAUUUUUAUUACGUGCCAUUUAUAAAGAUAACUUUGAUAAAACAAAAUAAUGAGAUUUUUUUAAAACAUUUAUAAAAAUAGACAAAAACUGUUUUUAUUUCCCCUGAUAGUAAAUAGUCGAAAAGGCACGUGUAAGUGGAAAUAAGUUACACAUGUGCAUUGAAUAAAAGCACUUCAUGUGCUUUUCGUUACUUUUUAUGAUUAUUUACUGACUAUCAGAGGGAUAAGGAUAUCUUUCGUCCAUUUUACAAUUAUUUUCAAGCGAUAUUAUCAUUUUAUUUUAUUUAAAUUGUUUUUAUUCACAGGUGGCAUGCAACAAAAAUUAACGUGUCAUUUCUCGCUUCUGACAUCAUGAUUCAAUAUAGCCGACUACUCGGAAGCCUUGAAUUUAUUGCAGAAAAGU